UACAGGGCCCCACCCGGCUCUGGACAAGCUCACUAUUCCUUGUAGUAGGGAUCCACGACACGUGGACACCAUACGAGUCCCGAUCCGACCCCAGGCUGGCCCCCCAGGCCCCUUCAGAAAUCCGAAGCGGCGCGGCGCCGCGCUAACCCUAACGCGCCGCGCCUGCGCCUCCGUAAUGCAGCGUCUCGCCGAGCCUUCGGUACCACCGUCAACAAAUGAUGCCCCACCGGUAAGCCCAGCCUCCUGUUGUGCCACUGCCACUGCCGUACCUACGCUGUCAUUGUCUGGAGACGUCAGCAGACGCACGCCGACAACCGUCGAUCAACCGGCAGCGUUCCCCAACAGCGCGCACGCUCCAGCAACGUGCAACGCUGGAAGCGUCCUUGAGACUCCCAGCAUAACCACGCUACAUCAGGAUCCCAAGAGCGUCAAUACUGCGUCGGCGUCGCAAUCGGCCGCGCAUGAUGCUGUUCCCACCGGAUCUGCACCUGGAAUGCUCAAUGAAUGUUCUCUGUGUGCCGACAAGUCCGUUUUGAAGAGCGGCGUUCCUCUAGUCCCCACAGGUUCGCCCUCCACUGUUGCGGCUGACGACACUUCGACAGAAAUGGACUUCACGGCAUGCCAAGGAAACGAAGAUACCUCAUACCCUGAAGGCAGCUGGAACACCGUGAGGGCCAACCGGAAACCUGCCUCGACCGCCCGACCGCGCACCGAGCUCAUCACCGUCGGUAUCCAACUUCCACCCGGGACACUCACGCCCAAACUACCUCUGUACGACUUGCUUGCUUCCAUCAUCGCCGCCGCAAAUCUCUCGCCCAAGACCAGCGCGGAAGUCACCCUUCAGGCCAAACCAGCUCAGAGCCUUGUGUUCCUGAAAACACACUCCCCUCUCACUGCCCACAUCCUCCUCUCUCUUACGAAUAUGGAACUUAACGGUAAGCCGAUCACCAUCAAGCCAUAUGCACCCAAUCCUCCCAUCUCAUGCCUCGGCGUCAUACACAACGGCACCGUGCUCACCAAUGCCCUCAGCACAGCGUUGCGGCCAAGUGCCACCGCUGUGCAGCGCUUCUGCCCGCAGAUCCUGCAGCUCACGUUUGUGCCCAACCUUGGUGCAUCCACUGCCAAGUCAAUACUCAUUCAUCUCUCGACUACACCUGCCCUUUCCUCCUUGCUAAGCAGCGGGAGUGUGCCAAAGCCGCUUUUCUCCGUCGCACAGCCUUGCGCCGAACCACCCAGCCAUGCCUGCCCUCCUCUUCGACGCAUGAAUUCCGUUCACCCCCUGCAACAUCCACCCCGGGAUCCUACGCCGCUAAAGUGA